GUCGCCCGUCGCCGCUCCGCCAGUCACGGCUGGAGCGGAACGGCGCGCGUCUGUUCGCUUCUUUCAUCCUUUCUUUUCACCGUACCAUCAUCGUCUUCCUCCCGUUGCGUCGUGUCAUGUUCUGAAGUGCGAGGGUGUGCGCGCACGAGCGAGCGAGCGAGGAGGUCGACCGCGGAGCUUCGACGUGGAGCGUUCACCCGAAGGAGACACCCGCGCGCCAAGAUGGAAUUGACCUCUGGAUUUAACCGAUUUAGGCGAUUUAGCAGCAAUUAAGAGCAGUACAAUUCAUUAAAGGAAGGUGCACAUCUUUACCUCCAUCAGUUCUAGGCUUUUAUUGUGAUUCGGACUAUUCGGAAGUUUUCUAUAUUUCUGGGCAAAACCUAGAACUUCAUCAACAACGUCAGCGAUAUUUCAUUAGUCAAGAAUGGCGAUGCAGAAGAUGAGAAGACAAGGGCAAGACGUCAUGCAGGUGAAUCUAGCAGGUAUUAGGCGAGAUAUUAUGAAUCUUGCCCAUAACUACAGCAAUGCCCAGAAAGCUGUACGAAAAGCUACUAGCAAUGAUCCUUGGGGUCCAAGUAGUACACUUAUGGCAGAAAUUGCCGAUUUAACAUACAAUGUCGUAGCAUUUACGGAAAUUAUGCAAAUGUUAUGGAAAAGAUUGAAUGAUCAUGGAAAAAACUGGCGACAUGUAUACAAAGCCUUAGUUCUCUUAGAAUAUCUUAUCAAAACAGGAAGUGAAAAGGUAGCGCAACAGUGCAAAGAAAAUAUUUUUGCCAUCCAAACCUUAAAAGAUUUUCAAUACAUGGAUGGGCAUAAAGAUCAAGGAAUUAAUGUGCGAGAAAAAGCAAAACAAUUAGUGGCCUUAUUAAAAGAUGAUGAGAGAUUGAGAAAUGAGCGGGCUAGAGCAUUGAAGGCAAAAGAGAGAUUUGCACAGUCGGUUAGUGGUUUUGGAAGUGAUGGUCUGGACACAAUGUCACCUGUUAGUAGUGAUUUUCAAGAUUGGGAACCUUGUCAUUUAUCCGAAUCAGCGGCUAGACGUACAACGGAAUUGGAAGCUGCAAGACCGCAAACGGUAGGAGAGGAAGAAUUACAACUGCAGCUGGCCUUGGCUAUGUCUAGAGAAGAAGCAGAACAAGAAGAACAAAGAAGACGCAGCGAUGAUGUCAGAUUGCAGUUAGCCCUCAGUCAAAGUCAGCAAGAUUUUAAAACUCCGCAAUCCGAAAAGCAAAGUCACAUGUUGGAUUUACUCGAUGUAAAUUUAGGAGAAGCAAGCGGUUCUUCAGUACAAACUGAUCCUUGGGGUAUCCCGAUAACAGCACCACCGCCUAGACCACAGCCACAGAAUGAUCCAUGGAGUGUUCCAACAACAAGUACCACAUCACCCGCGAUAGACCCGUGGACGCCUGUUCCUCCACAAAGACCAAGAUCCUCAGCUGCCACUAUCGAUCCAUGGCGUGCACCUGCUCCAUCUCCUGCUACAGUCGUAUCUCCACCUCGUACCAACGAUCCUUGGUCACCAGUUCCAUCUACUACCACUACUGAAUCGGAAACGAAUAAGCAGGGAGCUCAAGAUGGCGCAACAUCUCCAUCACCAUCUUUCAACAAUUCAAACUUGACACAAAACAUUGGCUUCGCGAUAUCGUCGCCUCAAAAUAUAGGUUUCAAUUUGCCACCAGUAUCUUCAGCCGCUACUACCUUCAGUACUAGCAAUGGUUUCAACGGCACAGGGCCAGGCUUCAAUAACUUUCCUACUCAAAACAAUGGCGCUGCAACGAGUCCCCUCAGCGAUUUAGACGAAUUUGAUGUGAUUACUAACAGGGGAAAACUCGGAGCAAGUCCGCAGACGGUGAACAACGGUGGUACAUCAUCAGGAGGAGAUCCUUUCGAUCUAGGUGGCAUGGCUGAAACUCUUCCUGCCAGCACCGGUGCUGUGAAAAAGACACCACAAUCCUUUUUAGGAGAAAACUCUGCACUUGUUAAUUUAGAUAAUCUUGUCAGCGCUACGGCGAUUAAGCCAUCAGCUCCUGCGCCAGCGGCAACCAUCUCAUAUUCAGCAAAUCCAUUUGCAACUGUGACGCCACCACCCCGUCCUACAAUCAAUCAGAUUCGACAGGAUCCAUGGACAGCGAAUACAACUACGGCUAAUCCGUUCCUCUCGUAGCCUGAUCGAUCAAUCGAAAACUUUGUAAUUACUGCGUCCCUCGAAACGUGAUCUGCAGUUCUACAUGUACUAUUACGGUAUAGAUUUCGGUUUACGGUAAAAAGAGAUAUGAUUUUACUUAUAGCAAUUAUGAGCAGGGACAGAUGUGAAUAAGACCAAUAAGAAGGCGGAGGAAACAUCCCCAUCAAUGAAAUUUGAUUAAUAAUUUAAAACGUUACUUUUUGAUAAACUAUAUUACAGUGCACUUAUGGAAAAGCUCAUUGGAAAAGUCUCUUUUUUGCUUCUUUUUCUUUUAAAUUUCCCUUUGCAUGUAUUACUCACUUCUUAAACUUUAUUGUGGAAUAAUCACCUAAAUAAUUAACUAGUAGAAGCAUGGCAUAUUGGUAAUUAAGUGAUGGUUGGAUGGUUAAAAGGUACAACAUAAUAAUACAAAUCAUGUUUUAACUUUGAACGCUUAAGUAAUCCCAAGUACGACUAGAUUUUAUAUACACUUCUUUCUCUAUAUGAUCUAUUUUCUAUGUAUAAAUCAAUUCAGGGAAAGAUUGCUCAGCAAUAUCGCUUCACUGCUGGGGAAGAAUGUAAAGUUAUUGCUGAGAAAGAAUGUAAAGCUGAUAGUUUGAGAUCAGUUUAUGCGUUUUUGUAUACACGCGUUUUCUAUAGUAAAAAAAAAAGGGAAAAAUGAGAUCGUGAGACUGUAAUCAUGAUUUGCAAAAGCAUUAUAAGUCUGUUUUUUAUAACUGAACUAGUGUACACUUUUGGAAAAGUGAAAUAGGUAUAUGUUUAAUAUUUGGCUAAAGUGAGAAAAAAAUUCUAGUGCAGGAAUAAAAAACAGACCCAUUGUAACGAACAGAGUUCCGUUCACCGUUAUACGCUUAAGAUGUGUCGAUUAUGGUCUGUAAAAAAAAUUCGAUGUUGUGGCUUGCUUUCUAAUACAGAGAAUCCGUAAUACGGGCAGCUACUGUGUUGCAAAGUGUACACGAAUUUCUUAUAUAGCUAUAUAGCCAGUCAUUCACGAAUGACGUACUGCGACCUAUGGCACACCAAGGCACUUCUAAAUGAAAAUGCAACUGUGAAAGUAGCAUCCACCAAACGAUACGAACAUUAAGAAAAUAAUCCGUAUUGUUUUUGCUAUCCGGAUUUCUGGUUUUAAUUGACUAUGUGCAUGUUCAUGCAGAUUUGGUAUAGCUGAAGAAUCAAACUCAAGAGUGAUAAGAAUUGUCUCUAUCGCAUUCGAAAAUCAUCGAUAUUUAAAUCGAAAUAACAGUGUUAUUUCUAAUCCACUUUCAAUUUAACAUUUGCGUCGACGUCCAAAGUUAUGUAAGAGCUCAAUCGCUCGUAGGAUAAAUUUAUAACAAGUCUACAAGA